AUAACUAACGUGUCUUGUGACUACAGUCUAUAAUAGUAAUAAAAUAAUAUCUCUAAAACAUUGAAGUUAUAUUAAACGAUCACACGAUCGACUCAGUGCGAAUUCGUGAUCGAACUGCCAACGAUGUCGCUGUGUCGACUAUCUCUCGUCUUCUUUGGUUUUGGACUAACGGUUGUAUCCGUUUAUGGCGCAGUGCCAUCGGACGAUGUCGCAGUUACCGAAUCUUUGAGUUUGCGGUAUUAUCAUUCAUCAUGGGUCAAUAAUUAUGAUCCGUCACCUAAAAGAACUACAAGACAAGAAAAUCGUCGUCCAAGACCGCCAAUGCCUAACAGGGAAGAUCCAUUUGGAGAUCUCGAUCCACAAACAAACAACCAAGGCCAAUGGUCUAACGGAGGUAAUCAAAGACCUAACCGACCACAGGGCUUUAAUAAUAGGCCAUCUAAUCAAAAUCAAUGGAGUACUAACGGUAACAACCCCGUACAAAACCAAUGGGGUACCAACGGUAAUAACCCUGGACAAAACCAGUGGGGUACCAACGGUAAUAACCCUGGACAAAACCAGUGGGGUACCAACGGUAAUAAUCCCGGUCAAAACCAGUGGGGUACCAACGGUAAUAGUCCCGGUCAAAACCAAUGGAAUAACCAGGGACAAAAUAAUCAAGGUAACAGGCCACCUACUACUCAAAUACAACCGAUUAACAAUCAAAAUUCAGUUCAAACUAGCACGACUGCCACAAACAGUGAAGAGGUAAACGAAGCUCAGCGCAAUACGUGCAAUACGAACUGUAGAGAAAAGAUUACAAAUGAAUACAAUCCUGUCUGUGGAAGUGAUUCUCAAACAUACCAAAAUAGAAGAUUUUUGGAAUGUGUCGCCAACUGUGGUAUACCCACUGAAUUCAGUUAUAUCGGUACUUGCGUAACAACGACCGAACGCAUCAAUCGCGCAUUAUGAAAUUUCAAAAAAAUUACUGCUGUUCUUCUAUGAAAAUGCAGACAUGAAUAAUUAUAAUAUUAAUAUAUAUUUAAUUUUAAGAUCAUUUUUGUACGGUAGACGUAAUUUACAAUGUGUCAUAUAUAAUUUGAUAAAAUGAUAACGACUGUUUUACACACAAUAUAUUUUAUUAAUUACCAAU